AUGGGGUUUGGCAAAGGAUCCACCUCUUCUUCCGAAACUAUGGCUUCUCCAAUCGCAGAACUUCGCGAGAAGCAUCAGCAGGAGCUGGACAAUCUGACUUUAACAACACAACCAUUCAAAACAUUGAAGUUUUUCAUUUUGGCUGUAGUUCAGUAUUUUAAGAAUUGUGUAUUAUACCUCCUCGCAAAGGGUGGUUGGCUGUUGCUUUUGAGUGCUGUGGUGGUGGCAUUUGUUUUUCUGGUGGCUACUGUCGAUGGUCCUCAUGAAAAGCACUUAGAAGAAAUCUCUCAUUAUUUUCAAUUUGGAUUGUGGUGGAUAGCUCUUGGUGUUGCAUCAUCAAUUGGUCUAGGAUCUGGUUUGCACACUUUUGUUCUUUACCUUGGUCCUCAUAUUGCCCUGUUCACAAUUAAGGCAAUGCAAUGCGGCCGGGUCGAUUUAAAGAGCGCCAUAUACGAUACCAUACAGCUAGAGAGAGGUCCUUCAUGGCUUGAUAAAGAUUGUGAUGAGUUUGGUGAACCAGUAUUUCAGUCAUCCAACUUAUUGCGGGUGCCACUGAGCAGCAUAUUGCCACAUGUCCAGAUAGAAGCUGUCUUGUGGGGUGUUGGGACUGCACUUGGAGAGCUACCUCCUUACUUCAUCUCAAGAGCUGCACGUUUAUCGGGCAGCAAAUUCGAUGCAAUGGAGGAAUUAGAAGCUACAUCUGCUGAAGAUGAUGGAGUCAUAGCAACACACCUGAAGACAAUCAAACGCUGGCUUAUGUCACAUGCACAACAUCUGAACUUCUUCACAAUUUUAGUGCUUGCUUCGGUGCCAAACCCCCUAUUUGACCUUGCCGGUAUCAUGUGUGGACAAUUUGGGAUCCCAUUCUGGAAGUUCUUCCUUUCAACAGUGAUUGGCAAGGCUAUCAUCAAGACACACAUACAGACGGUAUUCAUAAUCUGUGUCUGCAACAAUCAACUCCUUAACUGGAUUGAGAACGAGAUGAUUUGGAUGCUGAGUUUUGUACCUGGGUUGGCAUCCAUCCUCCCCAACAUGAUAACCAAACUCCAUGAGAUGAGAGAAAAGUUCCUCUCACCAACUCCCGCUCUUCCCAGUACCAAGGGUAAAAAAUGGGAUCUCUCAUUCGCUGCAAUCUGGAACACCGUAGUAUGGCUCAUGCUCCUCAACUUCUUCUUCAAGAUCGUGAGCUCAACAGCACAGAGAUACCUGAAAAAGCAGCAGGAUAAGGAGGUGGCCGUCAUUUCAGCUUCUACACAUUCAGAUUAG